AUUACCAAGAAGGUUCCUGCGCCAUAUUGACCGAUCUACAGCACAAGUCCUUUCCGAACUCUUAACGUCCUCUCCCCCGACCGCUGGGAUUCCCUCUCCUGCCGUCGAUCAGCGGUCGCAUAUUCCGACGACGGCAUCCUUAUCGACUUCCGACCAAUUUCACCCUUCGUUCUUCCCAUCUUGAGAUGAUGGCGGCAGCGCUUGAUCAACCCCUUUUUGACCCGAUCGCCGGCGCUCCGGCGACCGAUGCAGCCUCAAUCACGCCUCCCCAGAGCGUGAACGGCAAGAAAGAGGUUCCCGAUGGAGUUCCGUCAGAGCUCUCCGAUCUCGAGCUCGAUCCCAAUGUCAACGGCGCCCAGGAGAUACCAUCGGUAGAGGCGGACGAUGAGGAGAUCGAGCCGGACCAUUACUACGGCGGCGGCAAGAUUCCGGUGUUCAAGCCGACUAUGGAUCAGUUCCGCGACUUCCAAUCGUUCAUCAACAAGGUCGAGGAGUAUGGCAUGCGCUCUGGAAUCAUCAAAGUUAUUCCUCCUAAAGAAUGGUAUGGCUCGGCGCUUUUGCGGACAGACGCUCAUGGCAGGACGCUAACCGAUGUGACCGACUUUAGGACUGAUUCCCUACCUCCCCUUGAUGAAGCCGUUAAGAAGAUCCGUGUGAAGAACCCGAUUAUGCAGGAAUUCCAUGGCUCGCACGGAACGUACACACAAGCGAACAUCGAGAGACAAAGAUCAUACAAUCUACCCCAGUGGAAAGCAUUGUGUGAGGAAAGCAGUCACCAACCACCUGCGCGAAGAGGUGAACGGCGCCGGAACCAGGACCGAGUGACCCGGGCUCCUUCUGCUCCCAAAACCCAGACCGCUCGAUCGGAUUCUCAGAAACGUCGUGCUGGUCCUGGUCGCCCGCCGAAACGGGCAAACCAGGUAAAGGUCAAGGAAGAACCGCCAGCCGACGAGGGCCUGGACAAGAUCAAGCCGGAAGGCCCGCCAACACCCGUGUCUCCCGAAUCGAACCCCGUCGAGGCGAAAAACGAGGAACUGAGCGACGGCGAAUCCUUGCCCGGCCCGAAGCCCAAAGGACGACAACCCAAGUCUGUCACAUCUCGCAGAAAGCACAACAAGGGCGAUGCGAUCGAUUACGUGGACGAAGAAGCCUUCCAAGACUUUGAUUAUCGCAUCGAUGAUAGCCAGGAUUACACCUACGAAAGAUGCGAGGAGCUUGAGACCAACUACUGGAAAUCCCUGAUGUUCAACAAUCCCAUGUACGGUGCCGAUAUGCCGGGAUCUCUUUUCGAUGAUAACAUUACGACUUCAUGGAAUGUCGCCCGAUUACCCAAUCUGCUGGAUGUCUUGGGACAGAAGGUGCCUGGUGUCAACACGGCGUACCUUUAUCUGGGAAUGUGGAAAGCUACUUUCGCAUGGCACCUGGAGGAUGUGGAUCUCUACAGUAUCAACUAUAUCCACUUCGGUGCUCCCAAGCAGUGGUACAGCAUCUCUCAAGAAGAUGCUCCUCGCUUUGAACAAGCCAUGAAGAGUAUCUGGCAAAGUGACGCCAAGAAUUGCGACCAAUUCCUCCGCCACAAGACCUACCUUGUUUCGCCGAAUCUGCUCAAGUCCCAGUAUGGCAUCACAGUGAACAAGUUAGUGCACUACGAGGGCGAAUUCGUCAUCACCUACCCUUAUGGAUAUCAUUCCGGUUAUAAUUUGGGGUACAAUUGCGCCGAGUCGGUCAACUUCGCAACGGAGAAGUGGCUCGAUUACGGCCGCGUGGCCAAGAAGUGCAACUGUGAGGCCGAUAGUGUCUGGAUCGAUGUUGACGAGAUCGAACGGAAGCUUCGGGGCGAAGCUACUCCGGAGUAUUUCGGCGAAUACGAAAGUGAUCUUGACGAGAUCGAAGGUGCGUCGGAUCUCUUGACGCCUCCCCGCAGUGUUCCAGAAAAGACAUCUACGCGUGGGCGGAAGCGCAAGAAUGAUGGUGAAACCACCAAGGCGAAACGCAUGCGGGUCGCCAUGGAUGUUCCCAGAAAGAUACCAUGUGUCUUGUGUCCCAACAAUCUGGAUUAUGAGGACCUGUUGCCGACCGAAGAUGGCAAGUCCCAUGCCCACCGUCGCUGUGCCUUGUACACCGAAGAGACCUCCAUCCUCCGCGAUGAGUCUGGCAAGGAGGUGGUGUGUGACGUGGAUAAGAUCCCCAAGGCCCGCAUGGGUCUCAAGUGUCUUUUCUGUCGUGAAGUGCGUGGGGCAUGCUUCCAGUGCAACUUUGGCAAGUGUACACGGUCAUACCACGCUACCUGUGCACUUCUGGCGGGUGUGCAGGUGGAGCAGGGUCAGAUCGCCGUGAUUGCGGACGAUGGGAACCAGUACUCGAUCCCCAGCGUGGACCUUAAGUGCAAGUACCAUCGCCAGAAGAAGCCGUCCUGGAUGGCUAGCGGCGAAUCCCCCGACUAUGAUCGCAAGCUCAUUCAGACGGCACGGGGCUUGGUGGCUGGGGAUCUGGUGCAGUUCCAGGCGGACAAGGAAAUUAACGGUGCGAUUGUGCUUCAGAACCGACCGGAGGAACGCACGUUACUGGUCAAGGUGCUGCCACGAGGGGACGUAAUUGAGUUACCGUACCGGUGGAUGCUGGUUGUUCGCAGGAGCAACUUCUCACCGCUGGCUCCAGGUACCAGGCCAUUACCAGCCCACUUGGCCCGCAAACCCGAGGCGCGGAAGGAGUUGGAAUCGGCAGUGCCGGUGGCAGGAAAUCCAUUUGGCGAUGGGCGAUCUCCGUAUCAGUGGGCCGAGUUCGAGACGGUGGACAGCACUAAUCACCCUAACCACCAGUCCGCCCCACCAUCCACGCAGGUCGACCUCAGCAAGAGCGAACAGAUCUGGUAUUACCUGGGCGAAUCCUCCACCGAGUGUAGGGCACAGUAUACGCACAGCCCUAGCGUGCCUAUCCACAACCCGCGCGCGAAUUUCCUGGACAGCGUCAAGUCGCUCGGCGCCGUGAUGGCCCGACUCCCCUCCUCCUACCCCCACCAUCUCGCUCCGCCUCAUCAUUAUGCUGGUGCUGGUGUUGGUGCCCCUCACCCUCAUCUCCUGUCUCCCUUGACCGCCUCUGCUGCUGCUGCCGCCGUUUCUGCUGCUGCCGCCACUACUGCUGCUGCUGCCACGACCACCAACUCCUCCGCCGCCGCCGCUGCUGCUGCUGCCGCAUCCCGCCGCCCUUCCCUGUUGCAGCACGCUCCUCUUGCCCCUCCUCGUCCUGCGCCUCCCACUGCCUCCUCCCCUGCUGCGAUGCCGUCUGCUUACCGAUCCUUGCCAACUCAAUCAGCCCGCCAUGCUCCGUAUCCCCAGGUCACCAAAUCUCAUCAUCAUCAAUCCCUUUCCCGUCCGCAGCAACUUCACAAUCACCUUCACCAUCAACAGCAGCAGCAGCAGACCCCCAAUAAUCUCCCCGCCAAUAAUUUCGCCAAUGUCAGAGAGCUCAUUGCUCGUCGUCGCUUGGCCCAGAUUACCGACCAUGCCAAUGUCUUCGCCGGGUAUACCAUUGUCAGCCCGGAGUUGGUCGUAGAGACCCUCUUGGGCCCAAUGGGCUCGGUACCACCGCCGACCGGGUUGGAGAAAUUGGAACUGGCCAUGGCUCAGCAGCGAGUGCAGCCUCGGGCACCGGAUGGAACAUUGUUGCCGCUGCAACCCCUCAACAUGCGGUCCGAGGAGGUGACACGGUUGUUGCAGAUGCUCCGGUUCUCGCUGGUGAGUCAUCGGGAUCGGCUGGACGUGCUGCAGAAAAAGGAGUCGGAAAACAUCAAGCAAGAGUCCGCCAACGGAGGUAGCCUGGCCGCCACUAAGUUGCCUCGCAAGUAUGCCUACCUUGAGCAGCAACGGGAGCAGGUUCCGACCGUCUACCAGUCCCCAUACGACAUGCCCUCCGGGUUUACGGAGUAUGCUCAGAAGACCUUUGGCCUGACUCCCUGCCAACCCGAACUGCCCAAGCCCUCUUUGGCAAAUGACUACUUUGCCAGCCUCUCCCCAGAGGAUCAGGAAAAGAUUCUGAAGACGUGUGGCAGUUUCGUUCAGCGAGCCAUCGAACGGUCGGCUAGUCACAGCCGCCAAAGCUCCGCCUCCAACCUCCGGCUAGCGUCAGCGCUGGCACAGCAGACCGAGAACCCGACCAUCGACAUCACCACAGUCGAGGACAUGCCAUUCCCCAACCUCGAUUUCCCGCUGCAUGCCGAUUCUCCAUGCUCGAGUUUCAGUCGGUCGCAUCUGCGGUUCCAGUCGCCUAAUGACUUUACCAAUCACGGGACCGAGACCCAUCACGACCACCAUGACCUCUUCGGGGACCAACAAGCCAACACAAGGUUCUGGCAGCAUGGGCCUUGGGCAGCGGGUGAUGGUAACACCCCCAACGAAGAGACCCGGCCGUUCUUUGGACCCCAUGAACGGCUGAAGCAUGACUAUGCUUCCUCAGAUAUCUCUCUGGGCCGUGGUGGCCCGGGUUCUUUGCACUCCGUCGACAUGGCCGGCUUUGGCCUGGAUGGAACGGACGACAUCUGCAACGUUCUGAGCCCAUGAUGCUGGGGGCCGUGCGUGCGUGACCUCAUUGUAUUUGGCGUGCUAUUAUCACUGCAUCAACAUGUAACGACUUAUCUGGAUUGACGACUGCAUGACUGGGCGUUUGCGAAUUGUUUUGCUUGUUUUCA